UUGUCAAGUAUACUUGUUGUGUGCAAACUGCAAAAUACAAAAUAUAAAUUUACCGUUUGUUUUUAGCUUGAUGGAUUAGUGCGGUUUUCGUCGUAUUGCAAAUUAUUGAUAAGAACUUGAAAAUCCUAUUGAUUUCAAUUAUUCUAUUAAACAUUAUUUUUCGAAAUUCAAGUUAAAUUAUUGAGUGAAAUAACUGCACAUGUAGUGAAACCAAAAACAAUGUUACCCACAAGUAAUACCCAGGCAAAACUCUUCGAUAAGAAGUUUGUUGCCUUGACUUUGAGAGAUGUUAGACGAUGUGAAAAAUGCAAGCGAGGAUAUGAUACAAAAUAUCGAAUUUCUCCAGAUAACAAGCCAAACAGUAGUCGGCCCGUACUUUUAAAUUGUGGUCAUAACAUUUGUGAAAACUGCAUUUACCAAAAUCGCCAUAACCUCCAAUGUGCUGUUUGUCUUAUCCCCAUCGAACUUGAACACACACGAUGGCUAAAAAAAAGUUACGAUCUAAAUUUUUGCCUCCUCGGUCAAUUGGCAAAUUCAAUAUCAUUUCUAUCAUCUGAACCAGUUGGCCCACCUAUUGCCGCAGGUAUGCUAGCCUCGGAAUCGUUUGUACAAAAAUGCAGUGAAUGCGAACAAGCUCCUGCAGUUGGAAUUUGUAUGAAUUGCAAAGUUGAUUUCUGCAAACGAUGCUUUACUUGUGUCCAUCAAAAUAGUAAAGUUCUAAAAAAGCACAAGCUCUCAGAGUUUGAAAUGCAAACAUUACAGUUACGCAUGCCAAAAGAAAGAUUUUGCAAAACGCACAAAAGAAUUUGUGAUAAAUUUUGCAUAAAUUGUCAAAAAUUAUAUUGCAAUCAGUGUAUUCGAAUAACACACAGUUCACAUCAUGUCAAUAAUUUAAAUAUAGAGAAUGCCCAACACAAUGAUAAAAUCAUCAGUUUUUUGGAGACAAUGAAACAGACACGUGAAAACAUAAGAAAGGCACAAAAGGACGUUCGUAUAUGUGAAAAUCGCCUGGAAGACUACGCUUCUGGAAUAACCUUAGAAAUAAAUGACUACUUUUUAGACUUGCACAAUCAUCUACAAAUUGAAGAACGAAGAAUUCUUGAAGAAUUCAAAUUACUAGCUCGACCAUCACAAAAGGCAAUUCAUGAAGCAUGUGCAAAACUUUCUGAUAGCCAAAUAACUUUGAAUAAUAUGAGAGCAACCUUGGAAGGAUUUCUUCAAAAACCACCUCAUCAUGUGCACAUAAAUGCUGUAAUUGAAACUGCUACAACACAAUUGGAACAGAUGCCCUGUCAGAUACAAAUAUCUGAAAUGAAAAAUAAACCAUUUAUAUUUAAAAAGAUCAAAGACGUUCGCAAAGAAAUAACCAACUCAUACAAAGUGGUCGGAAACGAUCCAAAAAUUCGCAUUAGAAUCUCUCCAAUGUAUGGCGACGAAGCUCAAUCCUUUGAAAUCAGUUCAGAUACCAUUCUAAGCCCAGAACAAAAUAUAUCAUGCAUUGACUACACCAUUGAAGCCCCACGUCAAGCAUCAGUUUCAUCAUCGUCCACUAUUGCUGUCGGCAAGAGUAAACGUGAUGGUCGUGUCACGCACAUUAUAAAUCCUGUAAAAUUUUACAUCCAAAACGAAGAUGCUAUUAAAGACAUUCGUAAAAGAUUGGCUGAUAUCGAUGGACAUACCUGCCAUGUUGCAUCGGUUAAAAUCAAUGAAAUGUAUGCUGUCUGCCAGCCCAAUACAAUGCUAUGGCAUCGUGGUAUUGUCCGAGAAGAAUUGAAAACACCUAAAACUACCAUAGACAUCGAAAAUAUAAAAUACAAAAUUUUUCUAUUGGAUUAUGGAGUCUUUGAAGAUCAUCCCAAACAACUGCUUCGUAUAAUUCCUGAGCAAUUGAGAGCAAUUCCAGCUGCAUCUGUUGCUUGUAGACUUGUAGAUAUUGCCCCAGCAGGCGAGGAAUGGCCUAAGGAAGCACGUGAAUUGAUGGAGGAGAUUAUUCAAAAUAAACCAGUUCAAGUGAGCAUUCAAGACACAACAAAAACUCCUUGGAGCGUUGAAAUAAUGGUUUCAAAUUCUGGUGGACCAAUCUCUUUGCGUGAUGCACUUUUAUAUACCGGACUUGGAAUCGAUACAUCUGUAUCAUCUUCCCAAAAGAAUCAUAAAUUUUAUGGAACAAGACCGACUCAACUUUCUAAAAUGAAACAAAGUCUUAUGAGACCAUUGCAUAUUCCUGGUGAAAUAUUUCGUGUUAAUGUUACUCAUAUUGAGAAUCCUCAACGAUUUUUUGCAAUCAAGUUUGCUCAUUUAGACGAACUAAAUAAGUUAGAAUCUGAAAUGGAUAUUGAAUAUUCGAAUGGCAAUCAAAACCAUUUAAUUUAUUAUUCUCAACUUCAUAUGUGCUGUGCACUUUAUGUUGAAGACAAAUGGUAUCGUGGAUGCAUCGAAGAGAUAAAUGGUCCAAAUGAUAUCCGGGUACGACUAGUUGAUGACGGUCGCUCAGUUACAGUAAAUUGGCGUCAGUUACACAUUUUAAAGGAAAAAUUCCUAACUUUGAGAGAAAUAUCAAUUGAGUGUUCUCUAGCCGAUGUCCAACCAUUGCAAGAAAACAACUACGAAUGGACAGAAACUGCUGUUGCCGAAUUCCUUCGAAUGACAUCCAAUCCAAACAUUCAAAUGACCAUCUCAUCAAGCAACCAAUUUCGCUACCAAGUACUUUUGAAUAUUGUCAAAAAACACUUGGAUAUCAACAUUGGUGCUAUGAUGGUCAAAUUCAAACAUUGCUUAUCCACAGGAGAUGGUUCGACCAUUACGGAAAACAUUCGAGGUUCUCCAGUAGAUCAAAUUUUAAUUACUGAUGACCAAUUUAAACCAAUUCCACCUGUAAAUCUCCCACCAAAUAGAACACUAAAAAGAACACCCAUUCAAGUGAUUCAUAUAAAUAAUCCCGGCGAUUUUUAUAUUCACUUGGUAGAUCAUAUUCCAGGAAUUUUGAAAUUCCAAGAACAACUUCAAAUCGCACAAGAGAAUCGUCUGGCAAAUGAAACUAUAUCGGAAGACUGUAAUUGGACAUUAAACCAGCACUGUCUGGUAUUGACUAGUAUCAAUGAAAGCGCUUCGGAUCAAUGGUUCCGUGGAAUCAUCAAGAACAUUGAUGAAAAUGAACCUGAAACUCCUUAUUCUGUGUUCCUUAGAGAUCAUGGUGUAGUUGUUAGAGAUGUUCAAAAACGACAACUUUCCCCAAUCGACCCUGUUUUCGAUAGAGUCACAAAUGGGGCCACUCUGUGCCACCUGGCAUGUGUCCAUCCAACUGGAGGAGUAAAAACCUGGUCACAUUCUGCUAUCGAUGAAUUUCGUCAUAACAUUAGCCAUUUUGAGUCAAUUGGAGGCACUAUUCAAGGACCAACCAAGAACUCUUCCAUUCCAGUUGUACUCUGGGGCAUGCUGACUGAAACCAAUGAUGCUCUGGGUCCUUGCACUCCCAAAUACACCAACAUAAAUAAAAUGCUUGUCAGUGCUGGUCUGGCUCACUUGACCGAAAAAAUAGACAUCACCCGACAAUUGGAUCAGUUUGUACAGGAAGAAAUCAAACAGGGCCAACAAACACUCCAAGACUGGUAUCAGAAUUUCAAAAAGACCCUAGAAGAGUUGCCAGCUUAUUCGGAGGAAUUUGACGAUGCCGAAUUGGAGAAAUCAAAUAUUUCCAACUAUGAAAUCUGUGAUUUAGUUGGAAACACCGAAGUUGUGACUGAAUGGCUUCCAGCUGAGCCAAUUGAAAAGACUGUAUUCACAGGCUAUCCAACUUAUGUUGACUAUGAUGCAAUUGUGUAUUUGCAUGAUGCCGAAAAGCACAGCCUAAUUAAUGGAAUGCGUAAGAAAAUCAAUGAAGAACUUGAUUUGGGUCCAGCUAAGACAACGGACGAGAAUGAUUGGUCUCCUGGUCAGCCGUGUUUGGCACGAUAUCAUUUAGAUCGUUGUUUGUAUCGUGCUGUUAUAUUUCGUGCCCUGCCAAACAAGAAGUUUGAUGUUCGAUUUGUUGACUAUGGCAACGUCGAAACCUGUGAAUUAAUUGACUUAUACCGAAUGACUGCAUUUCCUAAUAUUCCAAUUCAAGCUGUUCGGUUUUCCAUAGAAGGAAUUCGUCCCAGAGGGGGACAAACAGUAUUUAACACUACAACUUUGGAUCUUAUUCAUGGGGUUAUUGUGGAUAAGAUGUGUGCUAUUCGAGUUUCAAAUGGGGAACAAAACAAAGAAGUCAAACAAUGCAGUAUUCGAUUUGAUCGCACUGAUUUGGCAACAUAUUUGAUUCAAAAUGGAUUUGCCAGUGGAUUUGGAACCAAAACCAAUUUGCUAAAGAAAUCGAAUAAAUUGCAGCCCUUGGAAAUGUCUGCGAGUCAUGAUGAUAGUAAUAAUUCCGAAGAUGAGCUCAGAGAAUUUAUGAAACAUCAAAUUUGCGAUCCUCUUGGUCCAGAACCAGCUCAGGGUGAAGAUGAAAAGACCAACAAAACUAAGGGAAUGUUCCAACUAGACGAGUACAAUAGAAUGUUUGCAAAGAUGCAAAACGAAAGACUCUAUCAGUCCUUGGUUGAUGACGAUGGCUCAGAAAUAACCGAACCAGGGGACGAUGAUAAUGUUGAAGAAGACGAUGUCCUUGAACUUGAGUUCAGUUUUAGAUCAAACUAUUGGCAUGGGGAUGAUAAUCUUGAUGGAGCUCCUCCACCAGCUCCACGUUCUGUAGCAGGAUCGAAUUUUGAUGAUUUCGAUCCAUGUGAUUCGUCGUCACUAUUGUCCAACUUUAGUGGAAUUGAAGUAUUCAAACCUCCUCAUCUGCCAACGAGUGUAAAAUCUUUCUACUGUGAGGUUGCUUAUGUUCGAUCACCUACAAUUGUUCAUAUAUUUCCUCAUCUUUCCGAAUUGGAAUAUCGACAAUUGGAACUAGCUAGACGAAUUAAAUCAUUGGCUUCAAAAGCACCAACAUUUGAAUCGUUCGAAUUGAAAACACCUUGUUUGGCACGUUAUUCGAACGAUAAAAACUGGUAUCGUGCUAUAAUUCGUUCUCAUAACGCCUCCUUGCAUUUGGUCAAGGUAUUUUAUGUUGAUUUCCUAAACAGCGAGCAAGUCAAGGAAGAAUAUGUUCGUAGAUGCCCACAUGAUUUGUUAACAUGGCCAUUACGCACAUUUGAAAUGAAACUCUAUGGUGUCAAACCUAAUCCAAGAUUAAGGGAGAAAGAUGUUAAGCAAGCGGUUAAAAAAUGUUUAACCGGCCGCAAAUUGUAUGCCAAAAUUGUUAUGGAGCGGGGAAAAAUUCCCGAAAUUUGUUUGUUUAAAUCCAGGACCGAAAAAGACGCUCCGCUAUAUGAAGAUCUCAUCGUACAAAAAUAUUUUUGUAAAGAUUAAUGUUAAUUUUUUUAUAUAUUUUUUUGGAUUCAUAUUAUGUAUGUAUGAAUGUACUCUAUGGACUUUGAAUUUAUGUUUAUUUUUUUAAUUUUUUGUUUCUUUUUCUAUCGAAUAAAUAUUUUAGUUUUCUAUUAUUUAAUAA